AUGGCAUCGGAUGACCUCGCGGACGAGAAAAAUGCUCUCCGCACGAGGGUUUCGGUGUUGGAGCAAGAGCUCAGGCAACGCACUGCUGAUUGCACCAAGUUGCGUGAUGAAUUACGAGCGUUUGAAGAGCUAAAAAAGAAGAAUGAAUCCCAACGGGAGCUUAUUUUAGCAUUGCGUGGCGAGUUGGACUUUCUUCGGGCGGCUCAUUUGUCGGCAGUGGAGGCUCUUGAAAAGAAAAAGAAGGAAGACCGUGACAGGGAGCACCGUGAGAGCAUCCAGAGCAUAAACGCCCGACUUGGCGCAGAUGCGUCGCCAAAAAAUGGCUCGCCGAAAGCCUCUGCACCGAAACUCGGUGCCGCUGGUGGUCUUGUGCCGACAAGCAGUGGUCCGCAGGUGCUUCUUAAAAGCUCCAAUAUUUCUUCUUUGGGGUUCGCUCCUGUUCGACGACCGGUGGAUUUUCUGGGUGGUCAGCAGAAUUCACUGCAGCAGUGUGGGACGGCUGGGAGUGGACAUGGUGACGAAGAUGAGGCAGCUCGGCUCAUGGAGAUGGUACACGACGAGGCGCUGCUGAACGUUAAGUAUGCUGAAGUUGCUGAUCAAGAAGAAAAGGAACUUCGUGAACGGUUUGAAGCACUACGACGCCGGUAG